AUGUUUGCUCCAUUUGUUCUCGUUGCGUUGGCGGCGACCAUUGUCUCCGGAUUCAAGAAUCCGAUCAUUUCUGGUGUCAAUCCAGAUCCUAGUAUUGCCAGAAAAGGCAAGGAUUACUUCCUGGCGACAUCAUCAUUCGAAUACUUCCCCGGCGUCCCGAUAUAUCACUCCACGGACCUGAUCAAAUGGGAGGUAAUCGGGCAUGCGCUCAACCGUCCAUCGCAGCUCGACCUGCGCGGGACUGCACCAAGUGGAGGUGUAUUCGCACCCACAUUACGGUACAAUCAAAAGACGGACACGUUUUACAUGGUCACGACGCCUUUUCAUGUCAUCAGCCCUCCUGAUAACACAACUCUCUUGCCUCGCUCGUUCUACGUGUCGACAAAGAAUAUUUUCGACGAAACCGCUUGGUCCGAUCCUAUCUGGGUGGAUCAAUGGGGAAUCGAUCCUGAUCUCUUCUUCGAUGAUGACGGCAAGGUAUACUUUACAUCGACAUUUGGUUCAACCGAUCUCGGCUAUCCCGACUCGGGAUACUUUGCAAUCUGGACGACAGAAAUCGAUAUCAAAACGGGCAAUUCGCUCACAGAGGCACGCUUCCAAGUCCAAAGCCAGUACACGAACCCUCGAUUGACAGAAGCUCCUCACCUCUUCAAGCUGAACGGCAAAUAUCAUCUCAUCACAGCCGACAGCGGCACCGAUAUUGAUCACAAGACGGUGCAUUAUAUGGGCGACACGCCCUAUGGCCCUUGGAAAGCCGAUCCGAAUAAUCCACUGCUGUUCAAUGGCCGCGAUCGCUCUCAGCCUAUUCUCGCGACUGGACAUGCGGACCUUGUUCAAACUCCCGGCGGUGAUUGGUAUGCAGUAUUCCUGGCCACUCGACCGCAGAACCCGACCAACAGCACGGGUCAUCCUCAGCUCGGUCGCGAGACAUUUAUGGCACCAGCAAAGUGGACAUCAGACGGAUGGCUCAAAAUUAACGACGGGAAGGAUAUUACAUUCGACAUGCCCGGUCUCUACAACCUUCAACCACCAAAAAUCUGGAGAGACGACUUUCGUGGAAAGUUUGUUGACAAGGCGUGGUAUACUCAGAGGACGCCGUAUAAAAAGUUCCACUCGUUUGUUCCAGGGGGUCUUCGGCUCCAUCCCAAUGUCUAUACGCUCAGCGACCGAGAAACGCCUGCCGCGUUCUUCCGCAAACAAAAGGACCUCAACGUCGUCUUCAGUGCUGAACUCGACUUUAAACCCACUUCGACUCGUCACGAGGCAGGAAUUACCGUAUUCCUCUCCAUCUGGUAUCAUAACGAGGUCGGCAUCACUCUUCAUCCAGAUACAAAGGAGCGGACGCUGUUCGUCAAGACCCGCACAGGUCCAAAUGCAGAUCUGACGACCAAAUACGUACCACUCACCCGUCCGGGACCCGUCAAGCUCUUCAUCAAGGCCGAGCCAAAUCAGUACUCCCUCGGAUAUGCUGUCGGACCUGGCCCAGCCAAGUAUCUCGCUCAAGUCGACAACCAGUGGCUACAAUCAUACGUUCAAGGGUGGCAAAACUUUGUAGGGGCUCACUUUGGUGUCUACGCAUCCGCGAACAAACUGCCCGCGCUUGUAUCAGCGGAUUUCAAGUACGUUCAAACCGAGUUGCAAUAG